ACCCAACAACAACAACAAAGUAAGUGACUGAGCAGGUCGGACGAUAUCGACUCGUCGCACGAAUGCGCCCGUCCUACAAACGGGGAAAGACGCGUGCCACGUGAACAACAGAAGGCCACGAGACACCAGACCGAAGCAGGAAAGAAGACAAGCGAUACGCGGAUCUCGGGAGUCACACGAUGGCCCCGCCCCCGCCCGUCCCCAAGCCCAGAGCUCGUUACGUCAGGGACAGCCUAAGCUCCGCCUCCUCGGCAGACGGCAGACAUCAGCGUGCCUCCAACGGAACCCGAUUGAGCACAGAUGACGACGCGCCCGUUGACGCUCCACGUAUGGUCGCUUCCGACUCCGCCUCCGGCCCGCCCUCCAUUCACAGCGUGGCUAGCGCCAUCGCCAACCACAUCGCUAGCUUAGCAGGGGCCGCUAGCAGCAUCGCUAGCCCCGCUGCCGCUCCCACGCCGAGCUCCUGCGGCCCGCCGCCUGCUCGCUUGGGCGCCGGCGUUAGCUCAUUAUCGAACAUGCCCAGUUUAGCGGGUAUGCUUAGCACGGUGGCUAAUUGGCCAUCGCAAUCCGGCAAAGGCGUCCCUUCUUUGACACCGGCUGAUGUUGUUGUUGUGGACUCACCAGCGCCAGCAGAGGGCAAUGUUGGACUCGCAGGACCAGAAGAAGAGGAAGACGCUCUCUACAUCACCGUGUUGGAAAGUUGGGACGACGACGCGGAUUCCGACUCGUCCAAUGAGGAGGAACUUUAUCAAAACUGGCCGGCCUCGUCCGCGGCUAAUGGACCAAUGAGAGGAGACCACGUAGAAAACCUGCUCAACAGCACCAAUCGUUCCGCGAGCGUGACGCCCCCUCGGCCAGUCCCGCCUCCUCCUUUACACGUUGGCCAAACGGCAAAGAGCAGGAAUCCUUCCAAACAAAAGAGUCCCAGCUUGGCAACCAUCCGAGUGUCGAGGAAGAAAGGACACGGCCCGCCCGCUGGUCCACAAAGUGCGGUUGCCCGAGCGAGCUGGUUGGACGUUUGGAAGGGCUUCAGACACAAUGUCUUUUGGGCAACGCUGGACGGACAGUUGAUGUCUCUGUGGAAAAAACGAACAGACCAGUUCAGCGAGGUUCUCUUCCACGUGUCCAGCAUCACAAACGUGAAGAAACUCGACAGAGGAAGAUUCUCCGUCUACUUCAAGAAGAAACAUUACGACUUCAUGGCUCACAGCGACGACGUUCAGGACGGUUGGGUCCAGUCUCUGCUGGCGUCUUGGGGUCAGCCCAGUCCCGCCGCCCCGGACCUUCACGGACCCAUCACGGUCAAGGACCCCAAGAGCCGCUUCUAUGCCGCCGUGUGGGGCCACGACUUCUGGAUUUACCAGAACAAAGACGGCUUCCAGCUGGGCGUGGCCUGUUACAGCAUUCCCCUCAACCUGGUCACAGUCCGGACCACCGGGAGACACUCCUUUACCCUUAGCACGCCGUUCAGGACCGUCAACCUGUCUGUUGAUUCGUCGAAGGAUCUGUCCGUCUGGCUGGAGGGUCUGUCGUCAUCUAUCAGCGGCGCUCUGUCCUGCAGCCAGGUGGCGACGCGCCUGUGGAAGAACCCGUCCAACCGGCACUGCACCGACUGCGGCGCCGCCGACCCCGAGUGGGCGGCGGUCAACCUGCUGCUCGUCAUCUGUCACAGCUGCGCAGGGCAACACCGAGCUCUGAGCAGCACCCUGUCCAAGGUCCGCAGUCUGAAGAUGGACAACAAGGUGUGGACUGAACCACUCAUACAGCUGUUUGUUGCCCAUGGUAACCGUCUGGCCAAUCAGGUAUGGGGCCCCCUGGUGCCCUCUUCAGAGCAGAUCGGUCCAGAGGCCUCCGAUGAGAGCAGGUCAAAGUUCAUCCAGGAUAAAUACAGCAAGGGGUGCUACCGACGAGUACACGCCCUCGCGUCGUCUGCCGAGCUGAUGCAGCAGAGGCUGCGAGAGGUUGUUUGUGGCGGCGACGUAGAAGAAACUUUCUCACUCAUCUGUUCGGGGGCAAAGGUGUGUCAAACAGAACCUCAGAGCCCCUCCGCUAUCCAGCUGGCUGAGAGAUCAGGGCAAGCUCUGCAGGCCGAGCUACUCAGACUCAAUGAGUACACAGAGAUUCUCCCUUACCUGCCAAAAUCAGGAUAUAGGAGAGCUGAGUCCACCCCCUCAGGAGAGGAAGACGAGGAGCUACACGGAAAACUGGAAGAAGAUCGCUUCCUCUUCUCUUUGGAAAACAACUCAGCGGCUUGCGACGUCCUCGACUUGCGUGAGGUUUUGUCACUUUUCCGAAAUGACGGGACGACUUUUCAGUUUGAGUUGAUCACUUUGGACAAUCGACUCAUUUGUGUGGCCGAGAGCGAGGACGAACUCCUCAUCCACCUGGUCCAUAUCCUCAAGGUGAUUCUUCCGAGCGGUGUGUCCUACGCGGAGGUGUGCGGCGCAGUGGGGGUCGGUAAAGUGUGCGUGUUGGAAGACAGCGGAACCUCGGACAACUCCGAAGCCUGGUUGUUGCUGUGGGACGGCGGCGUGAGCGUCCACCGCGCUCGCAGAGGCUCCAAGCAGACGCUAAAAAUGGAACUGCGUGCGCUCAGUCACCACGAGAUGGAUCCGUUUGAAGACAUCAUUACCCUGGUAUUAGGACACAGGCGUGUUUCACUGCACUUUGACGAGCACGGCAGCUGCGGCAGAUGGUACCGCCUCCUGCACGACGUUCUGGCCGAACACAACGCUGCGGAAUCUCCCGUAAUGUCCACUCAGGCUCUGUACCCGCCGAGUGACCUCAACGAGACGGACCGGGUGCCGCUUGCCGUCCAACGAUGCAUCCGACACAUCAAAAACCACGGUCUAAAGGUGGAAGGCGUGUACCGGCGCUGCGGCCUAGCCUCCAAAGUGUCCCAGCUGGUGGAGGCCCUGGUGAAAUCCCCGGGUGCCGCCCACCUGGAGUCGGACGAACAGGGUGUGCUGGACGCCGCCGCCGCCCUCAAGCAGUACAUACGGCAGCAGGAAGCGCAACUCUUCCCCGAGAGCGACCGCAAGGACUGGAUGCGCGCUGCGGUGAUU